GGACCAUAACACGUCACCCAGCCACAGACAGACAGACAGCCAGAGAGAGAGACCACAGACACUGCCACAGUGACAGCCUGGGACCAAGACACUGCCACAGUGACAGACACUGCCAGAAACCACCACAGAGACAGCCUGGGACCAGAGAGACCGCAACAGUGACAGCCCGGGAUCACAGAGAGUUAAUGCACUGACAGCCUGGGAGCUGGGAAACUGCCACAGUGACAGCCUGAAAGCUGGGGCACUGUGUCUCCUAUACUGGCAGUCUGGGACUUACACAGGGAGAGUGACAAUUUUAGGACCUUGCACCCCUCUUACCGAAUAACAGCCACUUAUUGAUCACAAUAAGGUCUUCAGAAAUAUUCAGGGGCAGAUGCUCACGUUUUACUUGAGACCUGAGGCAGUUAUUCUACACGACUCCUUCACUUCCUAUACUGGACUGAAACUGAAAAAAUCAUUCUGGGUGGAUAUGAUCAUAUUCUAAAUCCGUGAUAAAUUACCUGCACAUUUAAUAUUCUGGGGUGAAUUAUAUUCUUAGUGUAUGGGUUGUGCAUAUACAAUGGAAGUUCUUAUUACAAACUGUGGCUUAAUGCCCAGAAGAGUUAUACUGUAGCUGAUUUAACUUCUAUUGUAGAGUUUGGACCAUUUUUUAUUUUUAAUUUUUUUAUUCAAUAAACUUUCAGUACAAUUUGAAAUCCAAUCUCAGGUUUUCAGUCCUGCCAUCGUCAUCCUCGUUGAAACAAAUUUGAUGAUUCCAAGAACUCUCUAAAAGUUUCAAAUGCUAUUAAUCCUACUUUUGUGAUUAGCAUUUUCUGUAUUUUGAUAUCCGUCCAGUCUGUUGUUUUUUUUUUGUUAAAAGCUCAACUUUAUUUUUUAAUUUACACAUUUUUCUAAUUUAUCUACAGAGCAAGCUAUUUUUGUACAUUUUAUAUGGUUUUGUCUUGCGUUUGGAAAACGAUAUACAUAUUUAUAUAAAAAUUUUGUUGGCUUUGAGGAAUCACAAACAUGGCUGCUUCCAACUGGGGCCUUAUCAUGAAUAUAGUGAACAGCAUUGUGGGAGUCAGUGUGUUGACAAUGCCAUUCUGUUUUAAGCAGUGUGGAAUUCUACUGGGAACACUUUUACUUCUGCUAUGUUCAUGGAUGACUCACCAGUCCUGCAUGUUCCUGGUGAAAACAGCAAGUGUUACCAAACGUCGGACAUACGCUGGUCUUGCUUUCCACGCCUACGGAAAAGCCGGGAAAAUGCUGGUGGAGACCAGCAUGAUUGGUUUAAUGCUGGGGACCUGCAUUGCUUUCUACGUUGUGAUCGGAGACUUGGGCUCCUCGUUCUUUGCCAGGUUACUAGAACUCCAGGUGACUGAAGGAUUCCGCAUUUUUCUCCUGUUCGCAGUCUCUCUGUGCAUCGUCCUCCCUCUUAGCCUCCAGCGCAACAUGAUGGCUUCGAUCCAGUCUUUCAGUGCGAUGGCUCUAAUGUUUUACAUGGUCUUCAUGUUUGUGAUUGUGCUGUCCUCUUUUAAACAUGGCCUUUUUAGCGGGCAAUGGAUGGGUGAAGUCAGUUAUGCCCGCUGGGAGGGCGUCUUCCGCUGCAUACCUAUCUUUGGGAUGUCAUUUGCGUGCCAGUCCCAAGUCCUGCCCACCUACGACAGCCUGGAUGAACCCUCUGUUAAGAUCAUGAGCUCGAUCUUUGCUCUAUCGCUCAAUGUGGUGACCACAUUCUACGUGACCGUGGGCUUCUUCGGCUAUGUCAGUUUUACAGACACUAUUGCUGGUAACGUGCUGGUUAAUUUCCCCUCAAAUCUGGUGACCGAGAUGAUCAGAGUGGGCUUCAUGAUGUCCGUGGCGGUCGGCUUUCCAAUGAUGAUAUUGCCGUGCAGGCAGGCCCUCAACACUCUUCUAUUUGAGCAGCAGCAAAAAGACGGAACAUUCGCUGCUGGUGGAUAUAUGCCUCCUUUGCGAUUUAAAGUGCUCACGCUCACUGUAGUUUUUGGCACCAUGCUGGGUGGGAUACUGAUCCCAAAUGUGGAGACCAUCCUGGGUGUCACUGGAGCCACCAUGGGCAGUUUAAUCUGUUUCAUCUGCCCGGCUCUUAUUUACAAGAAGAUCCAUAAGAAGGGCCUUUCUUCACAGUUUAUCCUGGCAGUUGGCCUGGUGGUUCUGGUGAUCAGUACCUACACUACUCUGACGGUGACAGGGGAGACUUCAGUACUAACCAAAGUCGACCCUAAGAAGGAAGGGGGGAUUAAGAAUUUAGAGGUGGAACCAGUGCCAAAGCUUCCUGUAUUACCAGCUGAUAACCCAAAGGUGGAUGAGCCGGCUGAUGACAGAGACAAACCCAAGAAGCCAGAGAUGGAACAGCCACAGAUUAAAGGACCCAUUGAUGUUCCAGAUCAACAGGAGGAAGUGGUGGUCAAGAGGAAAAAGGAGGAGGACCAGCUGGACAGACCUGGCCAAGGCAUUGCAGUCCCUGUGGGUGAGGCUCACAGACAUGAACCGCCAGUGCCGCGAGAUGAGGUUGCUGUGGAUGAGAGAAAAGAUCACGAGGAGUCUAAUGAGAAGAAGCGCCCGGCUGACGGGGCUAAUAAUGUCUUGGUAGAGGUGGGGGACAAACAAGAUAAUAAGCCAGAUGAGAAAGACCAGCUUCCCCCCAUCAAGGAUGACAAUGAACAAGCACCGCAACAGCCACCGCAGAAAGAAGGCGACUUCGACAAAGUGCAGGAAAAUAAGGCUUCCGUCGUGGAUCAGGAGAAGGAGCAACCACCGUAUAAAGAGAUCAAGGCUGCUGCCAAAAAUGUUGAUAUUCCUGAGGAGGAAAUAAAGAACCCGGUAGUUCUACCAGUAGUUGAAGCCGAGAAAAACAAUCUGGACCAGCUUGAAAAAGCACUGGAGAAUCAACUCAUUGCAGAUGGAAAGGAGGCAGUGGCCGCUGAACUUGAACAACGAGAAAUCCACAAUGCUGAGAAGAAGGCGGGUGAGAGCCAAGAAGAAGCGGGGAAAGAGGAGAUUCUGGAUCACGCCAUAUUGCUCCAAGUUAUCAAGGAACAGCAGGUGCAGCAGAAACGCUUACUAGAUCAGCAGGAGAAGCUGUUAGAAGUGAUCAAAGAACAACACAUGGAAAUCCACCAGCAGAAGGAAGAGGUGGAACAGCAAGAAAAGGUUGAAGGGCAAGCCGUAGUGAUACCUAGAAGCAAAGAAGAUGUCAAAGCUGCCAACUUGGAAAUACAAUCAGAAAUCAAACCAGCCCCUCUGGAAGACAUCGGAAAAAAUGUUGAAACUGAUGAGAAAGAAGUUAAGCAUGUUGUGCCCCAAGAGCUACCAGCUGAGGUUAAACAGGAGAAUGAGAAAAUCAUUCCCCUGAAUAAACAGGUAAAGUUGGUGGUGACAGAGAAUCGUAGGAAUGAAGAACCUGUUGGAGUUCAGAAAGUACAGGUAGAACCCAUUCAAAAUGCAGAUCAUGCUCCAGUACCAGAAAAACCAAAACAGCCUGUUUUAAAACCAUUGGUGCAGAAUCCAGUUCCAGAAGACCGAGAACCACUGAAGGACCAAGACAAAGGCCUUCUGAAAAAGGAAGAUCUCAAUCAACACAGAACUCUGCAUAAAUCAAAAGAGUUAAAAAUGGAGUCUGACUCGAAGGACAAAAUCCAAGUGCAGGAACAGCCAACAGAGGAAAAACAGAAAGUGAAACCCGCAGGAGUUGACCUGCAGAAGAAAACUAAGCAGGUGGAAAAAGACGAGGGGAGAAUAGUCCAAGCUGAAGUUCCCAGAGAGGAUCAAGAUGUCCAGAAACAAAACCUAGCCGUCAACUUACGAGCAGAUGAAAACAAUCCUCCUGUGGAAGUCAAAAAGCUUGCAGAAGACCAGAAAGUUGCAGAAAAGGAGAUUAAAGAGGGCAAGGUAGACGAAGCACAAGAGCAUGAUCAGGGUAAACCAAAUCGAGACCUGAAGCUCCAAAAUGAUCUGGAUCUGAAGAGGAGGAAAAGAGACCUUGAAGAGGAUAAAGAACCACAAAUCAUUAGCUUGGAUUCCGUCCCAAACCUUAAGGUUAAUGACCUACGUGGAGCCCUGGAGACACGGCUCAAUCAGGCAGCCGAGGGGGUACUUCAAAUUGUCCACAGCCGGCAAAUCAAACAGCUAAAAGAGGAAGAGAAGAAAAGAUGAGCAAAUUCUGACUUUUUGACUAUUGAAAGAGCAAGUCCUGCAAUUAAUCCUUAGGGCCACAUACCAAAGAGGCCUUCAGCUUUGUGUAGCUCCAUUUUGUUGUAGGCCUAAAUAUAUUGAUUCUUAGAUGGAAUAGCUCUUUCCUACCCAAAACACAGCCGCAUGGGAAAUGUGUUUUCUGCAAAUUAUCUCGUAAGAAUAAAAGGGAAACUGAUUUAUUAACCUCCCUCCAGCAUGGACUCCAAACAUCCUUACAAGAAAGGAGACAGCCCUAGUAACAAUCAAACUAUAUUCUCCCCAUUCUUUACUCAGUAGUAACUGAACCUGGUACCAAGUAAUUGGGCUUGGUACAAGCAAGAUAGGAAUUGAAAUGCUUGCAUAUUUUUUUAAGAAGCCCCGUUAAUUCUAACAAUAUGCUGCAAAUCCACACCAUUCCAAGUGUAAUAACACAUCUUGUUAUCUCUCAGACUCCAUAAUGAGGAGUAGCUGUGGCCCACAAAUUAGAAUUCCCAGUACUGGAGGAGUACAGCUUUCUAAGCAGCAGGGGGCAGUGUACUUUAAAAGGAAGACAAUAAUGGAAUAAAUAGGUUCUGCUUAAAGAUUAAAAACCUAUUUUGUUGACAUGAUAGCAUGAUGUUUCACUUCCUAAGUGUGUAUUCAGAUUUUAGCUCCGCUUUGUUUUAUCAUUCUCCUAACUUCUAACGUCUCAUCAAUAAUUCUGUAAAAGCAUGCAAUUUAAGAUGUGAUUAUGAGAGGAUUUUACAUGAUUGGAAGGAUACAGUUGGGCAUUUUCUUAAAAAGUUGCAUUUUAAAACCAAUUCACUGUCAUUUUACCAUUCACACUGAUAUCUCGGCUGACUUAAGAGGGGGCAAAAUGCCUUUAGAUAUCGAAACCAAAGUCCCCCCCCUCCCCCCCCAGUACCAGUGGGAACUUUAUAUCCACCCGAAGCACAUCUCAAAAAGGCAUAUCUACUAAAGGGAGAAUUCGGGUUGAAUUUCAAAUGCAAGGUAAAAAAAACCAAGCAAACUGGAAACAUUCUCUAAGUUGGCUUUGCUUUUAAUGUGGCUACUUUGGCCUUUGGAAUUCACUUUAAUUCUCUUUUUAGUAAAUAACCCUGUACGUCCCAAUGGUUUAUAUAAAGGCAGACUGGAAGAAGUCGAAAUUGGUAUCAGGAUCCCUGCUGCCAGAGAGCACUGACGUGAAUAUAAAAUGUAGCACAAAGUUUGAUUGUUCAUCAUAUAGGACCAAUGUGUUAAAUCAACUCUCCACGCACUAUAACCACUACAACUCAUUGUAAAGGUGUAAUGGUUAAGACGCAUGGAGUUGAACUGUUUUAGACGUGUUUGUUUUCUUACCGUGUGUUUACCAGGAACCUCUCUCUGCCUCCACUACUGAUGAUGGAGACUCGAUGUAUGAGAGGUAUUCCAUAUUGGUGUCUUAAAGCCACGGUUUGAAAUAAUGCGAGUGCUGCACCAUUUGUGGGGUAUUUUAAGUGAACCUAUCUUAAAGAGUUUUACUUUAAGUGCUACAUUUCCUGAAGCUCUAUUAAAAAAUGACCCCUUCUUCAACACUGCCGCCAUGCCUGGUUCCGGGAUGUAAUCUAAGUGACAACUACCGUCUGUUCCCUCAUAACUCUUGUUGGAGGGUUCUCCUGCUGAAGCCUGUGAAUCCUUCACCCUAGAGGGCAAUGGCUUUGGUAUAGCUGUGAGUAACGAGAAUUGAUUGACAGGCGAGGACAAGGCUAUUUAAUUAAAAUAUUUAUAUAUGCUGUCUUUGAAAUGUAAUGCUGUUUGAUAAGUGUAUAAAUCCAGAGUUUAAUGAAAGGUUCACUUUAACAGCAGUCAAAUCUCACAGGUAUUUAUAUUGAGAUCUUAAAAUACUCCAACUGUUAAUAAAGCUUCUCUGAUGAGCUCCAACUCAGCCGCUGUUUUGCUGCGUACAUUGUAGAUCUUUGUAAUCCAUUCGUUUGAAAUCAUUUUCUUUUUUUCAUUGUACAUUGUGAAAAGCAAGUUGCUACCCAUUCUGGUGUCUAUUUCCCUAAUUGUGAAAGUAAAUGCCGGCAUGACAAUGUGCUAAUCAGCAUUCCCUUAUUCACAGGCCACGUUUCUUGGAUAAUAUUUGAUUAUUUUAUAAGACAAAGCGUAAAGAUUAUGCAAGCGGCUGGAAAAGCGGGACAUUCUUAUAAUAAAAAGAUCUGAUAAAUAGACUGC